AUGUUCUCUACAGGCGAAGGCCUACGGCCGGAGGGUCGGAGGCCUGAGGGCGGUAGGAAGUUCCGAAGUUCAGGUAUAUUACCUUCCACAGGUAAAUGUCAGCAUCACUUUUGGCUGCUCAUCGCUAGCACUACAGUCAGCAUUGUCAGGAUGUCUCAGCUUCCUCACUGGUCAGCCAUGAGUGCCAACAACGCUUUCAACAGCACAAGCAACUUCCCUUCCUUCCAUCAACAGGCUUUACCCUUAUCACCGCCACCCGACGCUCGUUCUGCCCAUUUUGGAUAUAUUUCAACGCCCACUUCUUAUAACGGCGUGGGUGGUGCUCCCUACCCGUACCUUCAGCAUCACUACAACGCCUUCGCCAACGGCAUCGCACCGCCCAUGCUCUCUCCUCCGGCCGAGAAACCCGUCACGCCCCCGAAGGAGCCGCACACAUCCACCUGGUGGAACAGUCCCGCUUAUGCUACUCCGCCGUCACAUGCUGCUUUUAAUUACCACUUUCACCAUCACCAGUACGACAGCCAUGGGCCAGCUGUUCCUCAGUCCAUUCCGAGCGCCGUCACUCAGGAUGCCAUUCUUCACCAACAAACCAACAUCGCCGCCGCUCUCCUCUCCACUCAAUCAUCGGUCAGUGUUCGGCGUUGUCGACGAUGCCGUUGUCCUAAUUGCCAGGACACUGCAAGAGACAGUUCAGCUACCAAGAAGAGGGAGCACAUUUGCCAUGUUCCAGGAUGUGGCAAGGUCUAUGGCAAGACUUCUCACCUGAAGGCACAUCUGCUCUCACAUAGUGGAGAACGCCCCUUCGCGUGCAACUGGAUCUUCUGCAACAAGGCCUUUACUCGAUCCGACGAACUUCAGCGCCAUCUGCGAACACACACUGGUGAAAAACGUUUCCAGUGUGAAGAAUGUGGAAAACGUUUCAUGCGUUCUGAUCACCUGAACAAGCACGUCAAGACUCACGAGAACCGGCGUGCCCGUGUUGCUUCUGCUUGUCCUGCCGAAGGUGACGACGUUGAUGUAGAACUGUGCGAUGAUGAGAUGGAGGAGUUUCUUUCCGUUACUCUUCCAGACUCUCCCGUGUCUGAAACGGAUUUUCAGGAGCCUAAUGAUGUGAUAGGAAAUGAUCAGAUACACAGCAACAGCCAGUUUCUAUGA